UGGAAACAAAUGUUAUUACUUGUUUACGAACACUUUAUAUUUUUUAAAAUUAUAUUCAUAUCUUCUGAAAAUUCAGUAAUUUAGCCAAAAAAAAAAUAUAUAUGCAUAGAUGAACUUGUAAAUUGCAAAUAAAUAAAUAAAUAAAUAAAUAAAUCGUCUUUUUGUCAAUAUUGUUUCUUAAUGCCAAUGGGUAAUAAAGACAACGGUCAUGGGACACUAAAUAAAAUAAUGUAAGACCGUGAAUCCAAAUUGUUACAUUUUCAUUUCAGAGGAGCAAAGCAGUAAACAUCGACGAAAAAUAAUCAGAUCCUGCUUUCUUUUUCGCCACACUAUAAAAAAAAAAGAAAAGAAAAAUAGAUAGAACCCACUGUUUUUCAUGUUUGGCCUUUUUUUGUAAAAACGUAGUCACAACAGAAGCAUUAUAGGAACGUUGUCAAGCAUAUAAAUAUAUAUUUCGGUCACCUUGCUACUUGCAUUCAUUGUGUCGGUUUUUUCCAGGGACCUUUACCAUUUCUUCUACUUGUAGCAAAGUCUUGUAGACAGCAACUAUGGACGGCGUCGAUCUUGUCAACAGAGAUCCUAACGGUCUCAACUCACAUCUUAAGGUCCAAUUUGAAGAUGUGUUGGCCGAACCCGAGGGAGCCCGCAGUAUCGACUGCGUGUGGAAACUCUCAUACACUUGCUUCAACCUAUGGCUCGGAAUUUGCUACAAACUCUUGACCCUCUGCUACGGAAUCUGUAUCGCCGCCGAGUGGGGUUGUGAGUUUGCCAGUAUUGCUUUCUACCAUGUCUGGUACAUCACUCCAAUGUUGAGAAUGUGCGAGAUCAACUGCGCCGUGUGUACAAAGAUCACAAAGGCCUGCAUGAGCUGUUGUAUGGAGCCCUGCUGCGAAGCAGUUGGAGCACUUUUCGUCCAUUUUAAGAAAUAAACCGGCUAUUUCAACAUUGCUGAGGAAGAUUUCGUUACCCUUUCUUCUAAAAACAUUGGAAACAUUUCGAAAAAUUAACAAGAAAUAGAUGAAGAAAGGCAUUUUUAUGAACGUAAAAUUGACAAAGGAUAUAACACUGGACUACUCAAGGGAUCAAAUUGUUUUUCCAUAGCUAUACUGAUGACACCGGUAGUUACUACAUGUCGCAAAUGACGUAUAGUUAGUCCUAUACAUGCUUUUUCUUGACAUGAGACUGUGAUAUUUGUUAUUAUGUAUGCAUUUAUACAUUGCUAUUUCAUGUUGUUAUAUAUUUAUGUAAUGCAUCUAACUUAUAUUAAAAUUAAAUAAACCUAA